GAGGGUCAGACUCUCCGCCUGUCAGUCAGCGCUCAGGGCCCACCUCCCUUCGUGGCUGCCGCCGUUAAAACGGUCCAAAGUCGGUGCAGAUAGUAACGAGCCGCCGAAGCAGCUGCAGCCGAGCAGGAGCGCCGAGUGUCGGACACGAGCAGGAGGAGGAGCCGCCGGUCCGGAGCCAUGUUCGCGUAACGAGGCGGAGGGUUGAUGAAGCCGCAGCUGCAGCGACUGUCCACCGUGAAGCAGCAUGAACGGAUAUGAGACUCCAGCUCUGGCCUCGGGCAUCUUCGGCUCCUACAGCUCCAACAUCAACGGCCACAGCUCGUCGUCUCCGGAGCCUCAGAAACACAAAGCCAAGCCGAGUGCCAAAGCUCUGUACGAACAAAGAAAGAACUACACCAAGACCAGCAUCAACAGCCUGACGGACACGUCGCAGUACCAUGUGGAGCACCUCACCACCUUCGUGUUGGACCGUAAGGACGGGAUGAUCACGGUGGACGACGGGAUCAGGCGUCUGCGGCUGCUGGACGCCAAGGGGAAGGUUUGGACCCAGGAAGUUCUGCUGCAGGUGGAGGAGAAGACGGUCAGCCUGAUCGACCUGGAGACAAAGAACGAGCUGGAGAACUUCCCCAUCGGCUCGGUGCAGCACUGCCAGGCCGUGAUGAACGCCUGCAGCUACGACUCCAUCCUGGCUCUGGUGUGUAAGGAGUCGGGUCAGACCAAACCGGACCUGCACCUGUUCCAGUGCGACGACAUCAAGGCGAACCUGAUCCACGCCGACAUAGAGAGUGCCAUGAUCGAUGCCAAAGGAGGCAAAGUCAAGAAGCGGCCGGAGGCUCUGAAGAUGAUCCUGAAGAGUGACGGCGCCAUCCCCCCUCCCCCCGCCGCCCCCGCCCCCGAGCCGCCAGCGUCGGCCAAUCAGGUGGACGUGAAGAGCCGCGCGGCCGCCUGGUCGGCGUGGACCAAUGAGCAGCAGGACUACGAGAGGCAGCGGCAGCUCUCGGAGGACGGCGGUCCGGUGGAGAUGACGCCGACCCGAGUGGACCGAGACGUGCAAAUCCUGAACCACAUCCUGGACGACAUCGAGUUCUUCGUCACCAAGCUGCAGAAGGCUGCCGAGGCCUUCACCGAGCUGUCCAAGAGGAAGAAGGUCAAGAAGGGCAAGAAGAAAGGUCCGGGAGAGGGGGUCCUGACGCUGAGGUCCAAACCGCCCAGUGAGGACGAGUUCGUCGACUGUCUGCAGAAGUUCAAACAUGCCUUCAACCAGCUGGGGAAGCUGAAGGAUCACAUCCAGAACCCGAGUGCUGUGGACCUGGUUCACUUCCUGUUCACUCCGCUGAAGAUGGUGAUCCAGACGUCUGGCAGCGUGGAUCUGGCCCGCAGCGUCGUGGUUCCUCUGCUGACCAGAGAAACCAUCGACUUCCUUCACGCCGCCGCCACGGCCGAGGAGAGACACCUGUGGGUCGCCCUGGGAGACGGGUGGACCAAGUGCAGGCUGGAGUGGCCCAAGGACUACUACUUUCCCCCCUCGGUGCUGAGGUUCCGUGACGGCUGGGAGCCUCCGUUGGUUCCGGGGGCGACUCGGGAGCAGGACCUGGCCCAGCUGGCCGAGAGCCUCGCCAACGCCGACGUCCAGAGAGCCGAAGAUCUGACGCUGCGACUCGCUCAAGAGGCGGCGCUGCAGAGGUUCCCUCCGGCCGACGGGUACGACUUCUCCUCCUCCUACAAGCGAAUGCAGAUCCUGGAUCAGGACGCGGCUGUCGCUGCUUUCAAACACGCCGUCAGCCGCCGAGUGGACCGGAGCUUCGACGCCGACGAGCGGCCGCAGCCGAAACUUUUUGCCAAAUCCAGAUACGACUUUGUGGCGAGAAACAGCACGGAGCUGUCGGUGCUGAAGGACGAGGUGGUGGAGGUUCAGGACGACAGGAAGCAGUGGUGGAAGGUCCGUAACGGGAUGGGAGCCAGCGGCUACGUGCCAAACAACAUCCUGGAGAUCACCAAAGCCGUGGACCUGACCGGUCGAGGAGAGCCCAUCUACAGCCACACCAUCCAGAAGCAGACCACCAGGACCGACUUCCUGCCCAGCAAACCUGCAGCCACUCCGAUGCCUCCGGGCCCGGUCCCUGCCCCGGCUCCGGCGCCGCCGCCUCCGGCCCCCGCCAUGCCGCCGACGCCACCGCUGCCUCCGCCGGCCGCCGAACCCGCCAAGAUCAGCCGCAAGAACAGCAACACGUCCAGCGACAGCAGCGUGGUGCUGAGGGAGAGCAGCCAGAAGCCCGCCGUCAGCCGUCGCAAGUCCAACAUGGAGGAGGUCCAGGACGAGCUGAUGCACCGCCUGACGUUGGGCCGCAGCGCCCAGAAGAAGUUCCAGAUUCCUGCUCGCAGCAGCAGCCUGCCGGCCGUCAGCAUCACCUACGACUCGUCUCCGGACCAAGUCAGAACCUGGCUGGAGGCCAAAGGCUUCAGCCCAGUAACCAUCACCAGUCUGGGCGUGCUGACCGGAGCUCAGCUGUUUUCUCUCAACAAGGAGGAGCUGAAGACGGUGUGUCCGGACGACGGCGCUCGAGUCUUCAGCCAGGUCACCGUGCAGAAGGCGGCGCUGGAGAAGAGUUCAGGCUCUGAGCUGCAGGAGAUCAUGAGGAGGCGGCAGGAGAAACUGGCAGCGGAUUCUGGCGUGGAGUCCUUCGAUGAAGGCCGCUGAGCUCCUCCUCCUCCUCCUCCUCCUCCUGUCUCUGUCUCAUCCUGCUGUUCUCUCGUCCAGGCGGCGGCCGACCACGCCGAGUUCCUGCAGAUCAUGAGGCGGCGGCAGGAGCUGCUCAGCUCGUCUCCGUAGAACCUCCGUCCGGACCUUCAGUAUGUUCACAACCUUCUGCCAUGUUUGCCUGAAGUUCACUCUUUGGGAACUCGUUUUUGUUUUUAAGAGAAGAGAAGUUGCUCAGAAGCUCGACUUCCAAAGUAAAACCUCUCAGUAUUAAAGUCGGACAAGGUCUGAGCCUCGGGCUUCAUCUGCAGCUUCAGUCACAGAACAGAGCCCAAGUUCUGCUGGUUCUGAAGACACCUUCACAUCUGGAUCAGUUAAACCCGACUGUGUCUGGUCCCGACAGGGUAACGGUCUGGGUUGGACUGAUGCACAUGAUUAAUCAAUAAGGUGAUCGAUGGCUGACGUCUGGAAUCAGUAGCUGCUCUAAACAAAACUAAAGUCCAACACGGACCUUUACUGGAACAGCUUGCUUCAAAGUUUAGUUCUGGGGAAAAAUUUCACAGUCGAACCAGUAGAACCAGUAGAACCAGUGGAACCAGUAGAACCAGUGGAACCAGUAGAACCAGUAGAACCAGUGGAACCAGACAGAUGUUGAAGGAAACAAUCAGAUUUGUCCAAAAUGAAUUAAAAUUACAAACAUGUUUGUAAAAAGUUGUUUAAAAAACGUCCUAAAACAAUGAAAGUAAAUCCAACUUUGUCUAGAACGACAAAAAACCCAAAACAGUCCAACAGAACCGACGACUGAACAACCUGCAGAACUUUUUGUUGUAGUGAAAUUCCUAAAACAAUCCCAGUUGGUCUCGAAUGUUUUGAGCAGAUUUUGCAGAACUUUAAUGGAACUUUAUUCUGGAAACAGAUCAAAGCUCCGUGGUUCUGUUGGUUCUGUUGGUUCUGGUUCUGUGACUGACGCCGAUGAGCCGAGACGCUGAGCUUCAGGUGGAUCCAACAGGAAGCAGCUCCAGCAUGUCGUAGGGAGUAGAGAACAGUUCAUGUGAUGUAUGUAACUCUGAGACUUUUAACUAAUCGAUGGUAGAACCGAUCAGCUGAAGAACUUUAUUUAUGAUGUGAUUUAGACGGAACCAGAUUUAUUGAUUAUUAGUCGUUGAUCAGCGUUUUUGCACAUCAGAGAUAAUUAAAGUGUAAAUGUUUAAAUGGAACCCGUGAAAUGACCCAGAAUCAGUUUUAGUCUGUAAAAAAAACCCUGAAUGUAAACCGGAUGAAUGUUUCCACGGCGACGGGCGGCCUCGUCUCAUUGGUCAGCGGACGGUCACGUGACUGCAGGUGUUGGAGCUGAAGCUGCUGCAGGUUCAGAAGCUUCACUUAUCGCCUGUUUUGAUUCCAAACUAGUUCAUCAGAUCAAAUAUCCACAUUUUAGAAGGACACACAAGUAAAUAGUUUAGAUUCCUGCUGGAACAAAGUUUAACAAAGUCAGACUUUGUGUUAACCGGCUCAACAAAACCUGAAACUGUCGUCAGACUUUGUUGAGCUGAAAGAAAACGAAACCAAACGAACCUCUGAACAGCUGUGAGAGAAGGUGGACGAUGAAAACCUGAUUUCUCUUUGAAGUGACUUUCUGUCGGCGUGACGUCCGUCCAGCCUCCAGAAGCUAAAACGUGUAAACUGAAGCUCCUCAGGUUCUGUUCGUGGAGCUUUUACUGACCAACGACACGAAGCUCGUUGCCGAAACUGUAAAUUCUUUGGUUGUGGCAGAAAACUCGACUUUCCUGGAAGGUCUUGGCUGUGACGUCUCAAACAGCAGCGACUGAUCACAGGAGCUUCUGGUAUCUGACAAACCCCAAGCUUCUCCUGAACAGACGUCAUGUGACGGUUGGCUGGUUGCAGGAUCCGACUGUUCAGGUGUUUCAGUUCGUGCAGGUCAUGAACUCUCUUCCAUUAUUUAAGCUCUUAUUGGAAUCCAGUCCGUCAGUGAGCGACACACUAAUAAAAGCACGACUGUUUGUUCAGAGAUUAAAGGUUUGGACUCGCUGUGGCUUCGAUUGUACGACUCUGUUUCCUCUGAUGCACUUAAAUCAUCCGGACUGUAGCAGAACAACGCUUAAAGCUGCAGACCAGGUUUGUGUAGUUGAACCCAAACUGCUGUAGAGGCCAAUCAGGAAGAAUCUUUGUAUGUGAAUAGUUUUCAUUUGUGCCUUUUUCCAUUAAGAUCUGCUCAUUCUGCAAUAAAACAUUUACAAAACCAG